AUGUUGAAAGUUCCCCAUCGUAACCGACCUUCUAACCCGGUCACCAAGGCCGUCAUAUUGGUGGGUGGUCCAUCUCGGGGAACUCGCUUUCGACCAUUGAGCCUGGAUGUCCCCAAGCCUCUUUUCGAUGUGGCCGGCCACCCGAUUGUCUGGCACUGCCUGAAAGCCAUUUCCAAGGUUCCCGAGAUCAAGGAAGUGAUCUUCAUUGGCUACUACGAAGAAGUUGUUUUCCGGGACUUGAUCAAAGACUCGUCUAGAGAAUUCCCUCAGAUCAAGAUCCAGUACCUGCGUGAAUAUCAGGCUCUUGGUACCGCUGGGGGUCUCUACCACUUCCGAGAUGCCAUUCUCAAGGGAAAGCCUGAUCGAUUCUUCGUACUCAACUCUGAUGUCUGCUGUUCUUUCCCCCUCAGCAACAUGCUCAACCUGUUCGACACCAAGGAUGCUGACGCCCUCAUUCUGGGAACACGAGUCAGCAACGAUGCCGCGAACCACUUCGGUUGCAUCGUUCCCGACCCUCACACUAAUCGUGUACUGCAUUACGUGGAAAAGCCAGAGAGCCACAUCUCCAAUCUGAUCAACUGUGGUGUCUACUUAUUUGCCACCGAUGCAAUCUUCCCGUCCAUCAAGAGCGCAAUCAAGCGUAGAACCGAACGUCCCCGCAUGAUCUCCUACCCAUCCUCAGAAAACCUCGAGACUUCUUUCGUUGCAGACCCUGAUGAGGACGGCGAGAAGAACGAAGUUCUCCGUCUCGAACAGGACAUACUCUCCGACCUCGCCGACACGAAUCGCUUCUACGUGUACGAGACCAAAGAUUUCUGGCGACAGAUCAAGACCGCUGGAUCUGCCGUCCCGGCGAAUGCAUUGUAUCUGCAGAAGGCCUUUCAAUCCCAGUCCGAAGAACUCGCGAAACCAUCCGCCACAAUCGUGCCACCAGUCUUCAUCCACCCCACCGCAACCGUUGACCCAACUGCCAAGCUGGGUCCCAAUGUGUCGAUUGGCCCCAAAGUGGUGGUGGGAGCGGGCGCCCGUAUCAAGGAGGCCAUUGUUCUCGACGAAGCCGAGAUCAGGCACGAUGCCUGCGUCCUGUACGCCAUCGUAGGUUGGAACAGUCGCGUGGGCGCCUGGGCUCGAGUCGAAGGAACACCCCUUUCCGUCACCACACACAACACUAGCAUCAUCAAAAACGGCGUCAAGGUCCAGAGCAUCACCAUUCUGGGCAAGGAGGUUGGUGUCAGCGACGAAGUUCGUGUUCAGAACUGCAUCUGCCUGCCCUACAAGGAGUUGAAGCGCGAUGUCACUAACGAGGUCAUCAUGUAA